AUGAUACCUAGGUUGAACCCAUUGUUAAAUAUAAGCCACCUCAGAGGUGGUCCUAAAUUUAUCGGUAAAGCUAUCAAGCCAUCACAAUUCGAAUUUAGGAAAAACAACUUCAGGUUCAACUCGACAAGCACUAAAACUGGAAGUGCUAGAACCAUUAAAUCUGGGUUUUUGUCUUGGUCUUUCCGUGCUGCAACAUUCACUGGUAUUGCUGGCUGGCUAUACUUGACCUAUUUAGUUUACAAGGAAACGAAUCCUGGUAGUCAAUCACCUCAAACCGAAUUCUCUGAAAUUGGCAACAAAAAGAAAAAUAUUGUUAUAUUAGGAUCCGGCUGGGGGGCUGUUUCUGUUUUGAAGACUUUGGAUACAACCAAGUAUAAUGUUACCAUUGUAUCUCCAAGAAAUUACUUCUUGUUUACUCCAUUAUUGCCUUCUGUCCCAAGUGGUACAAUCGAUAUAAAAUCCAUUUGUGAUUCUAUUAGGACGAUUGCUAGACAAACACCUGGAGAGGUGACUUAUUUAGAAGCUGCUGCAACUGAUAUUGAUCCUGUUAAGAAAACUAUAAAGUUAGAACAUAAGUCCCAAAGAUUUUUGAUUGGUGAUGCCUUCACUUCUGAAGGUGAUGUUAUUGAAAACGAGCUAUCUUACGACUAUUUGGUUUAUGCUGUUGGUGCUACUGUAAAUACCUUUGGCAUUCCUGGUAUUCCUGAAUAUGCUUCUUACCUUAAAGAAGCAAAUGAUGCUACCGCGGUAAGACAAAAGUUAUUCAACCAAAUUGAAGCUUCUAGGUUGUUGCCAAAGGAUUCUGAAGAUAGAAAGAGAUUGUUGAGUUUUGUUGUUUGUGGAGGUGGGCCAACAGGUGUUGAACUUGCUGCUGAAAUUAAAGAUUAUAUUGACCAAGAUUUAUGUAAAUUCAUACCUGGUAUUGAAAAGGAAAUGCAAGUUACCUUGAUUGAAGCACAACAUAAUGUUUUAUCUAUGUUCCAUCCAAAACUAAUUGAAUAUACCAAGGAAGUCUUUAAACAACAGAACCUUCAUCUACAAGUCGACACAAUGGUUAAGAAAGUUGAUGAUAAAAACGUGUACGCUACUUAUCGUCACCCUGACGGAAAAACCGAAGACAUGGUCAUUCCUUAUGGAACUUUAGUCUGGGCGGGUGGUAACGCUCAAAGGAAAUUAACUAGAGAUUUAUCCUCUAAAAUCAUUGAACAGAAAACUGCAAGAAGAGGUUUGUUAGUUGAUGAAUAUCUCAAAUUAGAUGGUGAUGAUUCUAUUUAUGCGAUUGGUGACUGCACUUUUACUCCAAAUCCUCCAACUGCACAAGUUGCUCAUCAACAAGGUGAAUAUUUAGGUGAACAUUUCAACAAGUUGGCCAAAAUCGACGAAUUAAACUACUUAAUUACUAAUUCGACAGACGACUCAACUAAGUACAGUAAAAGAUUAGAACGUGCUGAAAAAGCAAUCAAACCUUUUGAAUACGACCAUCAAGGUGCCCUCGCUUACGUUGGUUCUGAAAGGGCUGUUGCAGAUUUACAUUGGGGUAGCUGGUCCACUGUUGCAUUGGGUGGUACCAUGACAUUUUUCUUUUGGAGAACUGCAUAUGUUUCCAUGCUGUUGAGUAUCAGAAACAAGAUCUUAGUUGUUACUGACUGGGUUAAGGUUGCUAUAUUUGGGAGAGAUUGUUCUCAAGAAUAG